AUGCCAGAUCUUCCUUUUUGUAUAAACCACUGUUCUGGUUGUCUUACAUUGACGUGCAAUGCUGUUGAAUGCUUCGUUACUGACUGUCCAAACGGUUGUGGGAUGCGUAUGCAUUCGUGCAAGGUUGAUGACCACUUGGAUCAAAUAUGCCCCAAGACCAUAGUCCCAUGUAUUAACAAAGAAGUCGGUUGUCCACACCUAAUUUUUCGUGAGGACAAGUCAUUUCAUUUACUCAAUUGUCCUGCUAGUGUUGUAAGCUGUAAUGCUCGAUGCCCCUUGCUUUUCAGGCAAACACAGAAAAAAUCUACUUCUCCAGUAACCUGUACUGUGAAUCCGAUUAUUCAUUAUGCUUCUUGUAAUUCAUAUGUUUACCGACCAAUUAAUUCACCUCUGUUGGGGGUCGAUUUUGAUACCAAUCAGCGAACUUUUACAAAUCAAACUGAUGGUCAUAUAACCAAUGUAUUAAAAUUGAUCGAUGAGGAACAAGUUGAUAAAACACUAAGCAGCGGUUUUGUAGAAUCACCAUUAUCAUCCUACAUGUGCGACCAUCCAGGAUAUAUUUGCGGUUGUACAGUUCAAAGAACAAAUUAUGGAUCACACUAUCAGUUGCAUAGUAAUGUGCAAGCGCAAUUAGACGGAUGGAUUGAACUUCGUUGUCCAUUGUCUUUUUUAGGUUGUAAAUUUGCCGUAGUUAAUCUUCGUCCUAAUAGUGAAUAUAAUCAUUUAUUGUAUAAUCCAACUCUUGCUACAUUUACAACGCGGUAUGAAUCAGAAACUAAUCAACAUAAUAUACUUACUCAUCAUUCAGAAUUAACAAAUAGUGAAUGUUUUAAUUUUGAUCAGUUGCCUGCAGAACUUUUAAUUUAUUUAUCUUUUUUCUUAGAUGACAUGUCUUUACUUUGUUUAUCUAAAGUUUCUAACCGAUUAUCUACCGUAUAUAAAAAUAUUCUUUGUGCAAGGUUAAUUGUCACACCACAAUGGGAUAAAGUUCAUCACAAAUCAUCAGAUUUAUUCUCUUGGCGUAUUACAGGAUUUUUGUGGUCUUUUCCACAUCGUGCUGAAUCUAUCAAAGGAUGGAGAUCUGCACAUGGUGCAUCAGCUAGAUCAAAGAUUUCAGCUCAUUUAACCAGUUGUCAUUAUAACGACAAAACCAUACGUGUAUUUCCAUUCUGUUAUUUGGAAUGAAUAAUAACUUAAAUAACAAAAAUAAUAGGUUUAUUAGCAAGACAUCUUUAAUUCUA